AUGUCUCAGAGUGGAGAAAGUUCUGACUACACAGGUGAUCAAAGCCUUGUAAGCUUCAGUGAGCAGGAUGAAACACCGAUUUCUAUCGUUGCACAAGAGGUCGUCAUCUCCUCUGCGUUGGUCUCUGAUCUACUGGAAGAGGCUCCUGCUAUUGAGUCAUCCAGUACUCCGCAGGGGUCUCAGAGUAUCUGGGUUUCUUCUUCUGCGUCAUUGAACAGAUCAGAUGAGAGCUUCAGCAACCAAGAUGAGAAAAAUCCAAGCACCUUAAUGCCCAUGCUAGACGCAAAUAACUUGCCUGCCUGUCUAGAUGAGAAGAUGACUUUGUUGGUGCAAUUCAUGCUGACUAAGUACCAGCAGGGAGAGGUGAUCACCAAGGAAGACAUCCUGAAGGUAGUCAGUAGAGAAUAUGAAGACCACUUUCCUGAACUCCUCACUAUGGCUUCUAAGCGCAUGGAGCUGGUCUUUGGCAUUAAAGUGAGAGAAGAGGAUCCUAUCAACCACUGCUACGUCCUUUGCAACAAUCUGGGUCUCACCUACAAUAAGAUGCUGUCUGGUGAGGAGACCCUACCCAAGAAUGGUCUGCUGAUUUUUAUCCUGGGUGUGCUCUUCAUGAAAGGCAACCGUGCCCCCGAGAAGGAAAUCUGGAAAGUGUUGAAUAGAAUGGGCAUAUAUUCUAGGAAGAAUCAUAUAAUCUAUGGGGAACCCAGAAAAUUCAUCACCAGAGAUCUAGUGAUGGAAACGUAUCUGGAAUACCGACGGAUUCCCAAUCGUCAUCCAGUGAGUUAUGAAUUCCUUUGGGGUCCAAGGGCCCAUGCUGAAAUUAACAAGGUAAAAUUCCUUGAAUAUUUAGCCAGGGUCAAUGAUUCUGAUACUCCAUUUUACUCAUCACAAUAUGAAGCUGCUUUGAGAGAUGAGGAGGAGAAAGCCAAAAUUUCACCCAGGUUUACUCCUCACAAGGCCAAAAAACCUUCCAAAGGCGCACCUAGAAAGUCCUCCACCAAUAGCAAAGAAUGA